AAAAAAAAGUCAGUCGAAAGAUUUAAAUUUUACAUAAGCCUACUCAGUUUUGGAUGCUGAUUCCGAAUAUCAUGUUAGUUUUUAUCCAAAUAGUACUUUUUUUGAUCAAAAUCAAUCAAUUGGUAGUGAAAAACUAGGGUGUGGGUGUGGGUGUGGAUGUGCCUAUUGGCUUCUCAUCAUCCACACCCACACCCUCUUGCAAGUCAAAAUCUGUUUACUGAUGUGGAAGCCUAUAUCGUGGGAGUAUAUGCAUCAGACUAUUCUGUUAAAUCUGAGCACAUCCAAGAGUCGUUAUUAUAUUUGAUUAACUCACUUUAAUAUGACGUUAUAUUGGUGAAAUAAAAUUAAAUGUUUUUUUAGUAGUGUAGCUUUUCAUAGAUUGUUUUUGUGUAUCCUAGUAUUUAUAGGCUAUAUUUUGCACAAGCAUAAGAGGUAACAAAUCGACUAUACUGUGAAAAUUAGAUGAAGUAAACAGUGAACAAUUCGUGUCGAUAUUUGACGAUUGGUUUAAUCGUUACACGAAAUUAAUUUAUAGAAUUUGUAGGUCUAUGAAAUUUUCUGUUCACUACUACAUGUCAAAAAACUGAAACAUAUGAAAUGAAAAGUAUCGUAGUCAUGAAAGAAUGUUUUUGUAUCAUUAUCGUAUUAGGCAUGAGGAAGAGAUAACUGAUCCAGAGAUUGAUUUGACUACUAUAGGAUUAGAAAAAAGAAAAAAGAAUCAUUCAUGUCGGUAUACCGAUACAGUAAGGAUGGCAAAUAAAUCAACGUUUUCAGUCUUGAAGAGAUCGAUUUCUAUAUGUCAUAGCAUAUUGUGUUGAAUGGCGCCACAGUUUCUCUUUUAAUGUAGCCUUUCAACUAAUGACUAAUCUUUUAGUGCCAUUUCAAAUUUAUAAUUUCACUGAAAAAGAAACUAAGAAAAAGCAGUUAAUAGGAUUGGUAUAGAUAGCUUGAAGGGUGCUCACAAUAACACAAAGACGUUGUUUUCAUCGAAUUCUAACAUUUUACUAAGAGUUAAAAAAAAUGUAGAUACACUGAGAUAACAAAAGAAUCAAGUAGAAGAUUCAUGUUUAGUCGAAGGAUUAACUGAAAUGAAUCGGUGAUUUGCAAAUAAUUUUAAAAGAUAUGUGUUUUCUUUUAUUGAUUUUAGAGUGGUGAUGGUCCAGAUUUAAUUGGACGUUUUUCCACAACAGCUAAACUUGAUUUAUUUAAUCAAAAUGAUCCAAAUUCAGGAUCUGUAUUUCAAUGGUAUAAAUUUAAACUUGGUGAAAAACAAGCUGGAGAACUUCUAGCUGUAUUUGAACUUCUUGAAAUCGAUCCGGAAACACGAAAAGCUGAUAAUGCAUUUGAACUUCAAGAAAUUUCAAUAAUACCGGAAAAUUUUCCACCAACAUAUUAUAUAACUAGAACUGUGAAAAAAAAAAUCUAUCAAAUUCCAGUAUUAAUGCUACCUGAUUACAAAACUUAUCAAAUUGAAGCUAUGUUUUGGGGUUUACGUGAAUGUCGUACGAUUAAUCUUCAACCUAUUCAACAAGCUGAAGUAACAAUUGAAUGUUCAGGUGCACGUGCAACAAGAUCAAUAAAAAAUGUACAAAAAUAUCCAAAUUUUGAAUCAUCACCUACUGAAACAGACAAAUAUACACUUACUGUGCAUUUACCAAAUGAUAAUAAUUUUUGGCCACAUUUAAGUAUACUCUGUGUACAAAAUCGUCUUUUUGGAAUGAAAGAAAUCGUUGGCACUCUAGUUGUAACUGAUUUACAAAAAUAUCUUGAAAAACCUAUUCAACCUUUAACAGAAGUUGAUCAGGCUCUUACCGAUACUGUAAAUGAAUCAUCAAAAAAAGUACCAUUCAAUUUUAAACGCGUACGAAGAUCGGUUAUUGAUGCAUAUGAAGCUGCUCUUGCUGCGCAGAAUGAUAGUUUAGGAAAAACAAAAUUACAUGAGUUUGAAAACAAUGCUGGUGGUAUGGGAGAUCGAACUGAUAGUCUAGCACCAAUUGUUGGUGCAGAUUCAUCGCGACAAGGAAAAAAAGAAGGUGAUGAAUCAGAUAAAAGAAAAGAUGAUACAAAUGAACUUGAUUCAACAGCCGAAGCGUCUAGUAAUAAAAAACAUGAAGAUCAAGGUUUAACAACGUUAGAAAAAGUAAAACGAAAUGAUAUGGAAAAAGCAGCUGGAUGGUGGCAUAAAUAUUAUGCAUCAAAAGCAAAACUAAAAUUGAUGCAGCGAGCUGCUAUCGAUGUGAAUGAAGGUUUAAAAGAUAGUUACGAUGCUUACGCCGAAUUUUUUGACGAUGAAACAGCACUUGUUGCCAAAAGACGUUUGAAGUUUUGGAAUAAAACUAAACAAAUACUUCUACAUGUUGGAAAAGCUCAGAAAAAAAUACGAAAUUUAGUCACUGAACAAAUGGAUCAGCUCGGAGACUCUGACAAAUCAAAAUCAGCUGUUGAAGAAAGCUUAGAACUUAUUGAAACUGAUCGUCUUAAAGAAUUAACAUUAUUACAAACAUUUGAUAUAUUUGAAACAGAAUUAGAAAAAGUACCUGAAUAUGAAGGUUUUACAGAUUGUCUCGAUUCAUUUCCUUUAUAUAAAGGUAAAGGUUCUAGUCGAUCAGAUGAAGUCGGUGAUGAAAAACGUAUUUAUGUAAAGUUUAAGGGAAAAUUUCGUAUACGAGAAAUCGAAUCAAGAACUACGGAAGAAAUUCGAAUGAACAGAACAAAUUCUAUAGCUCCACUGUCAUUUAAUCGAUCUCUUCCAAAUCCUGAAAUGAAUCCAGUUUUUCAAUCCCAAACUGGUUCAGAUGAGCAUACAAAUCAUCUAAUGAUUCAAUUUGAUUAUAAUAAAAAUCCUAUAACAUUAAAAUGUCGAUUAUAUGUAAUAAAAGCUCUGUUAUAUCGUGGUUGGGAUCAAUCAGGCAAAGCCGAUCCAUUUAUAAAAAUUGCAUUAAACAAUGACACUAUAAUUAGUGAUAUUGAAGGAAAACUUCAGAAUACAUUAGAACCUAUGUUUGGCAGAUCAUAUGAAUUUGAAGUUCAAUUACCUCUUCAAAAUUUAAUACGUGUACAAAUAUGGGAUUGGGAUAUGACAAGUACUAAUGAUAUGAUUGCUGAAACAAAAAUAGAUAUUGAAAAUCGUUGGUUUUCAUGUCAUCGAGCAACUUGUGGUUUACCACAAAGAUAUGAUAGUGCGGGUUAUAAUACUUGGCGUGAUACAAAAAAACCAACAAUCAUUUUAGCUGAAUUAUGUCGAACAACAGAUAUGAAUCCACCCAUUUAUUCGGAAGAUUUUCGUUCAGUAGCAAUCGGUGAUGAAAGUUUUGAAUGUGAUCGUGCAUGUGUCGAAUUUAUAAGAUAUGCAAAGUCGUACGUAGAGACAUUGCAUCGAAAAGCUCAUCAUGAAUCAGCCGAAGAAUACAUUCGACAAAAUACAGCAUUAGCUGCUCUACAUGGAUGGGGAAGCAAAAUUAAUCCAAAAGGUGUUUUGCUUACUGAACAUAUUGAAUGUCGAUCACUUUUUAAUCCUGAUUAUCCUGAAACUGAACAAGGAAAAUUAGAGAUGUGGUUAGAUUUCUUUCCAAUGUCACGACCACCUUCAAGUGCUAUGAUUGAUAUAACACCACCUAAACCUACUCGUUAUCAAUUACGUGUAUCUAUUUGGAAUACAUCUGAUGUAGAAUUAAAUGAUGAAAAUUUUCUUACGGGAGAGAAGACAUCUGAUAUUUAUGUUAAAGCAUGGAUUAUAGGAGAAAAAGUUGAUGCACAACAAACAGAUAUUCAUUAUCGAUCAUUAACAGGCGAAGGAAAUUUUAAUUGGCGAUUUGUAUUCGAUUUUGACUUUUUAGAUAUAGAAGAAAAAGUUGUUUACGAAGCCAAAGAUUCUGUAUUUCAAGUUGGUAAUACAACAAAAAAGAUUCCACCAAGAUUAAUUGUUCGUGUUUAUGAUGCAGAUUUUUUUUCAUCUGAUGAUUUUCUUGGUGAAUGUAUUCUUAAUCUAACACAUGUACCAUUCGGUGCUAAAACAUCAAAAAAGUGUAAAGCUGACAUUUUACUUCAUCCAACAGGUAGAGCAGUUAAUUUAUUUGUUAGUAAACGUAUUGCUGGUUGGUGGCCAAUGAUUGCUCCAUUGAAUGAGGAUGAAAUUCGUGACAAAUCCUUAUUAGGAGGAAAACUUGAAACUGAAAUAUCACUUGUUACUGCUGAAGAAGCAGAAAAAAAUCCAGUUGGAAAAGCACGUGAAGCACCACAACCACUUGAUGAACCAAAUCGUCCAAAAACAUCAUUUCUUUGGUUUACAUCACCUUGGAAAACAUUUCGUUUUAUUAUAUGGCGAAAUUUUAAAUGGGCAUUUAUCCUUGGAAUUUUCCUCUUUAUUUUUGUUAUUUUUCUUUUACUUGCUAUUUGGGCAAUACCCGGUCAAAUAGUUACACAAGUAGCCACUAAAAUAUUUCAUAAUUAA